CCUUGAGGCCGGGUCAUUUGGAUGUACAGAGUGGCGCCAUGUGGAGAAACCUCAAUGCUAUUGUGUACUUUUCGUGGGCUAUACAAACAUCUGGUUGUCGUCAUAUUUAGCAGACUGUCUGUAUUCAGUAAAAGAUCUCCCAAUCAGACUUUCAUAUGUACUACUUGCUUCAGUCACAAAGAUGAAGUUAAUCCUUUCCAGCGUUGUGAAUGGUUGUCGCUAUGGUAAAUUGAUUGAAGUAGGACGAAAUGGCAGUAAAAGUGUAGACAUUCCUGGCUGCCUGCUUUAUACCCGGACAGGCAGUGUUCCACAUCUUACCCAUGAUACACUCAGCCUUAUAGAAGGAGUUCCUGAACCUGUGCACCUGACAUUAUCAACAGUUGCUGAGCACCAUGAAGUUCUGGAGGAGUACAAAGAAGGAAUUGGAAAAUUCAUAGGUAUGCCAGAGUCAAUUCUGUACUGUUCUUUGCAUGACCCAGCUAGUCCAUGCCCAUCAGGAUACAACACAAACAAAACUGUAUCGGUUUGGGGUGGAGGUGGACGAAUUGAAAUAACUUUGUCAAAGUUUAUGGCAAUGCAACAAGCCUUCAAACCUGACUGGUACCAAAGUAUGGCAGACGGAGAGCCUCUUCCUCCAGGAGCAUCAAGGAAAAGGGUAAAGAAAUCAGUGGAUCGUACUCUUGGCUUCUUGGAUGGUUGCCUCAAAGAGCACCAGAAUUCAGAGGUGCUGAAGAACAGUGAGAUUCUUGGUGUAAUAGAAGGAGGAGACAUUCUUGAAGAAAGACUGAGGUCCGUUAGAGAAACUAUAAAGCGGCCAGUUGGAGGUUUCCUUUUAGAUGGUUUUCAGGGAGAGGAUAUGCCUGAUGACCCAAAAUUGAACUUAAUCGCUUCAGUCACAGGAGAGCUGCCUGAAGACAAACCUAGGUUGAUCCAUGGAAUUGGAAAGCCAGAUGAAGUGCUGGAGUGUGUAUCAAGAGGAGUGGAUUUAUUUGAAGGUUUCUUUCCCUAUGUAAUGACUGAGCAAGGAAGAGCUCUGACAUUCAAAUUUAAAUACAAGGUGGACCCAGAAGCAGAAGCAGAACAAAAGAAUCUUGUUGGUCCCCUACAUCAGGUACAAGACCAACAACUUAUAUCUGCUUACAACACAAUGACCAUUGAACAAUGUGAAGGGAAUCACAUCUAUUCAAUACUGGAACGAACUGGCUGUGGGGACAACGAAACAAGUAAUAAAGCUUCAAACGAAGGGGGCAAGACAGUUCCUUUUACGAUCGAUUUGAAAAGUGAACAGUACCGUGCAGAUUUCAGGCCUUUGUUAGAGGACUGUUCCUGCUACUGCUGUAAAAACCAUACGCGUGCCUACCUCUAUCAUCUUCUCACAACAAAUGAGCUACUGGCUGGAGUUCUUCUCAUGAUUCAUAACCAGCAUCACUACUUUGGUUUCUUCCAGUCCAUUCGUGAUGCUGUGAGAGAUGACAAGAUGCAUCAACUUAAGGAACUCAUUAUAAAACAGAAGUUACAACAGUGACAUGUUUAAUAUAUGAUUAACAAGGGAAGAAAUGGGUAACCAAUGUAUAAGGAUUUCAAAGCAGACAGACAUUACAAUGAGUUAUUUGGAUUUAGUGUCAGUUGGUUAUUUUGACAUUUGAGGACACUAAUUGUAAACUGAAUACUCAGCCUCCCCAUCUCCUCCAUGUUAUGUAUCGUUCACAUUACAUUAAUGUAUAACAGUUAAAAUUGCGCACACCAUUUGAAAGCCAUGCUUUGACUCAUUAAUUCUUUGACUGGUGAGUGCAGAUUAUUUUUAAGAAAAUGUUUUACAUGAAAUGUAUUUGUGUACAAAAAGGCUAGUAACAUGUUUGACUUGGCAGAAAACAUGUCUGAUGUGGUGAUUGUUUGUAAUUAAAUGACUACUCCAACAAAUUUGUUGAAAUGGCUUAUUUGCCUUUUUUUUCACCUUUUAGGUUUGAGCAUUUGUCUAAUUGUGAUUAAAAUAUGGCCAAGACGUCCUGAAAUUAUUUGACAAAACUUCAUUCUUUCAAUGAAUUCCUACACGCACUGUUUUAGAGUUUACAUUUUGUUGGUUGAAUAUACAAUGUUUGCACCAACAAGCAUUUUUUAAUUUUUAUAGACACUGAUGUAUAAUUCUUGGGGCAGGAAGCAUUGUUGGAGGUUGGAAUAAUUAAAUUUGCAGCCAUUGGUUCUGAGAAAUUAAGAUUAGAUUAGAUUACUUACAGUGUGGAAACAGGCCCUUCGGCCCAACAAGUCCACACCGACCCGCCGAAGCGCAACCCACCCAUACCCCUACAUUUACCCCUUACCUAACACUACAGGCAAUUUAGCAUGGCCAAUUCACCUGACCCGCACAUCUUUGGACUGUGGGAGGAAACCCACGCAGACACGGGGAGAACGUGCAAACUCCACACAGUCAGUCGCCUGAGUCGGGAAUUGAACCCGGGUCUCAGGCGCUGUGAGGCAGCAGUGCUAACCACUGUCCCACUGUGCCGCCCACAUUAAGGGCAGGGUCCGCCCAUGUGUCAUCAAGUGAUAUGUGAGGAUCAAUGGGAAAGCAAGUCAUUCUGUCCUAAACAGGCAAACGUUGCUUUUAUGAAGCAAACCAGGAUUCAAUGUCAGUUACAGGAUCCCCAUUAUUAAUUCCACUAGCUUUACACAUAUUGAAUCAGGACGUGAACAAUCUAACCAGUGAUUUUUAAAGUGGUUGCUGAAGGUUACUCAAAAAACCUUCAGCAAUUUUUUUUUCCCAAUUACAAUUUCAUAAAACUGAAAGGAAUCAGUGCCCUCUGCCUGGUUCACACAACUAUUGUGACUCUGCUGGUCAGAAUUCCUGCUAUUGUUUCCCCUUUUUGGUAAGAAAUUAGGUAGGAGUUUUGUGUGAAUGUGUCAAAUCUUUCCUCCAGUGUCUUUUAGUGUCUUGGUUUAGUAAAUUUUGUAUAAAUAAUAUUCUACAGAACUUUGAUAGUUUGCAGAAAUAACUCACUCUACUAUGUACCAGUUUAAAUCCAUUACACUUCAAUCUUUCUUUGAUAAUUAUUUUAAAAAUUAAGUUUGUAUGAAGCAAAAGGAACCCAUUUUAUUUAUGAGACAAAAUUGUUUGCUAGUAUGUUAGACUGGAUAUGUGUAAGUUUCUUUGCAAUUUAAAAGCAUUUCUCAAUUUGAAAGCUGUAGCGCUGUAUUUUUAUUAAAGCAAAUAUGUUUUGUCUUCUGAA